ACAUAGAUAUACUUCCCAAUACACACUGUCGAAAUCCCCGCGGCUCCCAAUAUGGCCUGCAUGAACUGUAAUCGGCCAACCUCGUCUCUUUCCGUAACUGCUUCAGAAAUGACCGCUCGUCAUUCGUGACCAACUCGUGUUAUUCCGGGACAAGCAAGUCUACCCAUAAUUCCCUGUAUGACCGAGAGCGCCAUUUUGGAACACAAAUAUACAACUCAGUGAUGCAAGCAUACGUGGAUCAAACAAUUCCUGAUAGAAUCUGCUUCUGGGGAGAGACUGAGCCUGACAUGCCUGCCUUCAUUUUCUGGAGCAAAUAUGGCAGAUAUGUCUUGUCACGGGGAGAUGUCCUGGAUCUGUCCAGUAGGUUUGCGUUCAGACUGACUGAACAUGGUGUUCAACCUGGAGAUGUGGUGUGUAUUGCUCUUCCCAACUGCCCAGAGAGAGUCGUAGUAGACUUCGGUGUACAUUUAGCGGGAGGUGUGUCUAUGAACGGCCAAAUUCUGCGUUCGGAUGGUCAAGAUAUAAUCGAAUCAAUGCGAAAAGCUAAAUGCAAAACUCUUGUCAUUGAUCCAAAUCAGGAAAAUGGGGCUUGGGGCAUUUGCAGCAGGAUUUUCAAAGUCGUGUCUGAUGGAAAGUACAGCUCUGAUAUCAAAUGUGCCAAUGUGCCAAGUCUGAAGAAUGUGGCAUACUGCAAAACAAAGAAACCAGAAUGUGAAUUUCUCAGAUCACUGCCUUCAUGUAAUAGGUAUGUGAACAACAAGAUGAAUCCGUCAGACGUUGCUCAAAUAUUCACGACAUCAGGAAGUUCGGGUUACACAAAGCUGGUCCAACAUUCACACAAGGCCAUUCUGACGAUGGGAAAGAUGCUACUGGAAAUGGCUGGAGCAAAAGGCAGAUAUGAGAAGUCGAUUUACACUAGUGCUCCACUUGGUUGGGUUGGGGGAUACCCAAUAUAUUUUCUGUAUGCAGGUUUGCAACGGGUUCUGAUAGAUGAUUCUGUUGGAGUCAUCACGGAUAAUCACCAGUUUACAUGGAACGUGAUCUGUCAGGAAGAUAUCAAAUUAGCACAUCUCUCUUCUUUCCAGAUUGUCAGUAUUUUCAAACAGAGAGACAUGUGGGAAUCUAAGAGUCAUAAACUGCAUACAAUUCUGACUGGUGGGCAACCAUUGAAGAAAGGAUGUCUUGAACCCAUAGGGCAACUUACUGAUGCUGUCUGUAACAUCUAUGGCUCUACAGAAAUGGGUCUGAUCAAUGGAUUUAUUUUUAAUGACGAGAACGUGUCUGAUUUCAAGGAAAAUAUAGCAGGAUUUGCAGCUGCAGGCGUGGAUGUGAAAAUUGUUGAUUCAAAUAUGGCUGAAGUUAAAACGGAAGCUCAUGGAGAGAUCAUCGUACGUUCAGAAAAUACAACCAAAGGAUAUUAUGGAGACACACAUUCAUCCUUCCUACCAGAUGGUUGGUUUCGAACAGGGGAUGUUGGUUAUGAAGACGCCAGAGGAUGCUUAUUUGUAGAAGGCAGAAGUUCCGACGCCAUCAUGCACGGCCCAUACAUUCUCUACCCAACAUGGCUUGAGGAAAAGCUUGCUAAAUGUCCUGGGAUUAAACAGACCUUCAUUGUUCCUAUUCCUGACAAGGUUCUACACCACGAGAUAUGUGCUUGUGUCCAGCUGGAACAAGGAGCCCAGCUUACUAAGGAUGACAUCAUAAACUUUGUGAAGGGGGAAGUUGGUCUUGGCAUUUCGUCGGCAAUGAAUGUUGUCCCAAAGCAUGUUGAAUUCUUUGACACAUUCCCUGUGCUUAAUUCAUUUAAAGUUAACCGAAAACAGCUGGCCAAGUUUGCCACAGAAAGACUUCAACUGUAGCUGUUGUAUCAGAUCGUGAACACAUGUCCACAAAAAUCUUUUUUUUUUGAAUGGUUACUCCCUGAGCUUAGUUGGCAAUACUCCCCGGGUUACUAAAAUGAUGGUUCGUUGAAACCAUACUGCAGUAUCUUCCAAUGUAGACAUCAGCACACAUACCCCAGAAUAUCCUACGAACCCCAUGCAAUGACUUUGCAAUGAGUGUCGUGGAACGUAGGUAUACUUUUGUGGUUUUUUUCUGGAUGUUUGCUUCCUUUUCCUUUUCUGCCAAUGCCAUUUGAAAAUCAAGAAGUGAAGUAUACGUUACAGGACCCGGAGAGGGAACAAGACUUUCUCGGAAACCGCUGUGGAUAUAAAGAUAACUUUUGCUCACAUAAUUUAGAACAAUUGUGGUGGUCAAACUUGGAAAGAAGACUCGAAAAUGAACAUUUCACUUGGUUUGUAGUUGCCUUUUAUAUUCAUAUUUUAUUCCAUUUCCAAGCCAGGAACUGUUUAACAUUUCUUCGUGAAACAUUGUAUGCACAUCAAACCAGUGCAGUUUUCCUAUUCCAGAAUCUGUUUUCUUUUAUUUGUUACUUUAUAUCCAGAUUACACCCAGAUGUAUACCAGUGUAACUAAUACUUUUGCAAUUGUUACAAUUAUUGAUGGAAAUUGUCGAUUAUUAAAAAGAUGGAAUGAUUAACUCAAAACAUUUUGUCUUCAUACUUCUUUAUAAUCAUAUACAUGUGGUAGCUUCUUUCCUUGCAGUUCAUUGAUAUAUAUAUAUAUAUAUAUAUAUACACACACAAUAUAUACGAGGUUAUAUAAAAUGGUGACAUCGAGACAAUGAUCAAUAUUUAUUGGUGAAACAAUGUGUACACAUCAAAUCAGUGUUUAUUUUCCUAUUACAUACUCUUUUGUUUGUUAUUUGUUGAAAUUGUUAAAAUCAUUGAAGCAAAUAGUUAAUCAUUAAAAGUAUUGAAUGAUUUACAAAUAUUGGUUUCAUUCUUCUCUAUAGGGGCGGUCGGGUAGCCUACUGGUUAAAGUGUUGGCUCGUCACGCCGAAGACCCGUAUUCGAUUCCCGACAUGGGUACAAUGUGUGAAGCCCAUUUCUGGUGUCCCCCGCCAUGAUAUUGCUGGAAUAUUGCUAAAAGCAGCGUAAAACCAUACUCACUCACUCACUCUUCUCUAUAAUCGGAUACAUAUACAUGUGGUAUUUUCCUUCAACUUCGUUUGUACAUUAUAUUUUAAGAAUAUUUAUUGUGUAUAUGAAUGAUUAAACUCGGGUUUAAUGGAAUAAUGAUUCCUUCACAAUUUCCCUGCAUUGAAACAAUAAACAUUGGAAUGAAAUAGGUAAACCUUAAGGUGUAUUUCUAUUAACAAGGCAUCGAU